AUUGUCUGGGUAUGAGAAUCACACACACACACACACACACACACACACAUAGAAAUACAGGGGCGAGCACACUAUAGCCUUGACUCGCAGGCAGAGCAUCUGAUCCAGCCUGAAUACCCUUCUCUUCCCACACCCCACCCCUGCUUCCUGAGCACAAAUACUAAUCCCCUCUAAAAAAAAAAAAUAAAAAAAGAGAGAAAAAAAAAAAGUUUGCAAAUCUCCUGCCUCCCUUCCUUUUAUUUUUCCCCUUAGCUGUUUUUGUUUGUUUGAUUGAUUGUUUCUUUUUUAUUUUUUAAUUAUUAUUGCUGUUAUUUAGCCAUGGCAAAUUCCUUCACGGCCAGGACCUGGCCCAUCCCCUGAGCAGAGGCAGCCUGGACAUGACCGGCAGGCGAGGGAGGAGGAAUUUGGAUUCCCUUCGGAGACGCCGACCCCUCCUCCGCCCGGUGCGAGCCAGGCGGGGGGAGCCCGGCUCCGGCCGCCCACUUCCACCGCGGGCAGCCGGGGCUGGACGGUUCCGCCGAGGAACCGGCCCGUGUACCCCCGCCGCCGGCUCCCGCCCCGCCCGGCACGGCGGGGAUGCAGCAUCGCCAGCACCGGGACAGAUCCCUGCUGCAAUGAGAUCUGAGCCUUGACCUGAAGACCUUAGCCAAAAAUUCUGCAGAAAGCCUGUGCUUCAGCCCGAAUAGUAGUGUUAACAAGCAAAACUUGACUGAAGUUCAAAAUUAAGAGAGAAGAUGGCCUUCAAUUGGAAGAUCUGCUUCUUCACCCUGAUACUGCUUCCCAUGGUUACAGCAACCCAUUCCAACUGCAUCAUUAAAAAGGAGCAGGAGACUUGUCUGGAGAAGAUACGGAGGGCAGCUGCCCUGAAUCCUCUCAAUGACUCUUCUCCAGGUUGCCCAGGAAUGUGGGACAAUAUUACAUGCUGGAAACCUGCAAGUGUGGGUGAAAUAGUCUUUGUCAAGUGUCCUGCACUGUUCAGAUUUAUCAUCUCUGAAGACGGUUGGGAAGUAGAUAAUCUGGGUCAGACCCAUGCAGGUGAUUAUGACCUGCUGGAAAGCACAGCCCAGUCUCCCUUAGGGGACAUCAGCAGAAAUUGCACUGAAGAUGGCUGGUCUGAACCUUUUCCUCAUUAUUAUGAUGCCUGCGGCUUUGAUGAAAAUGAAACAGAGUCUGAUAACCAGGAUUACUACUAUCUAUCUGUGAAGGCUCUGUAUACAGUGGGAUACAGCACUUCUCUUGUUUCCCUCACCACCGCCAUGGUUAUCCUGUGUCGUUUCAGGAAGCUUCACUGCACUCGAAAUUUUAUCCACAUGAACCUCUUUGUUUCAUUCAUCCUUCGUGCAAUAUCUGUAUUCAUUAAAGAUGGUGUUCUUUAUGCUGAACAGGAUGGCAACCACUGUUUCAUCUCAACGGUGGAAUGCAAAGCAGUGAUGGUGUUCUUUCACUACUGUGUCAUGUCCAACUACUUCUGGCUUUUCAUUGAGGGAUUGUACCUUUUCACUUUAUUGGUAGAAACCUUUUUUCCAGAAAGGAGAUAUUUCUACUGGUACACUAUUAUUGGCUGGGGUACCCCAACGAUUUGUGUCACUGUCUGGGCAGUGCUGAGGCUUCACUUUGAUGAUACUGGCUGCUGGGACAUGAAUGACAACACUGCCUUGUGGUGGGUGAUCAAGGGUCCUGUGGUUGGAUCGAUCAUGAUAAACUUUGUGCUUUUUGUUGGCAUAAUUGUGAUACUUGUGCAGAAACUCCAGUCACCUGAUAUUGGGGGCAAUGAAUCCAGCAUUUACUUCAGCUGCGUUCAGAAAUGCUACUGUAAGCCUAAGAGGGCUAACCAGCACUCUUGCAAGAUGUCAGAACUAUCAACCAUUACCCUGAGACUGGCUCGCUCUACACUACUGCUUAUCCCCUUGUUUGGAAUUCACUACACGGUGUUUGCUUUUUCUCCUGAAAAUGUCAGUAAGAGGGAGAGACUAGUGUUUGAAUUGGGACUGGGAUCUUUCCAGGGUUUUGUUGUUGCUGUUCUCUAUUGUUUCUUGAAUGGGGAGGUGCAAUCAGAAAUAAAGAGAAAAUGGAGGAGCUGGAAAGUCAACCGGUAUUUUGCUGUGGAUUUCAAACAUCGUCAUCCUUCUCUAGCGAGCAGCGGAGUGAACGGGGGGACACAACUCUCCAUUCUGAGCAAGAGCAGCUCUCAGAUUCGGAUGUCCAGCAUAAAUGCGGAGAACCUAGCGACAUGAGCAGCUAAGGAAAACACAUCAAUCAACAAGCAGACCAAAAACCAUCCCUUUAAAAAAAAAAAAAAAGAUCAUAGUGUUGGUGGUGGUGUAGGCCUUUUUCCUUUCCUUUCCUUUCCUUUCCUUUCCUUUCCUUUCCUUUCCUUUCCUUUCCUUUCCUUUCCUUUCCCUUCCUUUCCUUUCCCUUUUCCAUCUUUUACUUUCCCUUUCUUUCACUUCCUUGACGUUUGUAGAGGUGAUAACAGCAAAGGAAAUGUGUAUAUAUAUCUUUUUAACAAUCACUGUAAAUACACAAGUGUACUCCAGGCCAUUAACAGAAAAAUGUUUAAAAGAUAGCCAAGCCUACCCACUCAAUGAUUUACAUUUCGGAGCAUCUGCAAGUAAUCCUUUGUCAGUCAAAAGUAACAGUGAUUGCACUGCAGUUGUGACCCUUGGUUGCCAAACUGAUACUAAUCUGUGAAUGAACAUGACCACUGUUAUUUUUCAUAUUGCUUUCCAUUUUGGUUUGGAUUGACUUCUUUCUUCGUCCUAGUCAAAUGCAUCUUAGCGUGUCCCUGUCUUUUGGCAUGUGAAUUUCUGCAGUGUUUCUCUUUUGAGUCUUAGGAUGGAACUAAUAUGCUUGGGUUAAUCAAACCAGCAGAUUCAGGAAGAACUCCAAAAAAUUAAGUUCAUGGCUGGAUUUAGUCAGAUGUUCCCAGUGGACUUAAAGAAACUUCUGUGCCAAUGUGAAGCUGCAUGGCUACCAUCAAUCAGUGUGGGGACUUCAGGCAAGAGAGAUGGGAUCAGCUUCUUCCUUACCCAGGGACACUUGUAAGAAUGCUUUAUGUUCUAGCUAAGCUGUGAAUUUUCUAAAAGGGCCAUAUAGUUGAGAUAUAUCUAUAUUUUUUGGCAUUGACUGAUGAUAGAUUGAUUAUUUGGAUUCUUUGAAUAAUAAAAAUAACUGUCCCCUCCUUCCCACCUUAAGAGCAAAAGUCAGUUCCAGGGUGGCCUUUCCCUCCAGAUAACCUUGAACCCUCUGCAUCUGUGUCCUAAUGUGGUAUGUUUUUGGGUAGUGCUGUCAGAGUGUGGUGCCUUUGCAACCUGGUUGACUUCUGUGUGUUGACUUUUCCUUGCCAUAGCAAGAGGCACAAGAAGGAUCUGGCAUGAUCAUCCUGGAACUUGGUGAGCAACUAAAUUGCACAAUAUGAAGGAAAAGUUAAAGAAUUUGGAUGACUUUCCACAUCUGGCAGUUUUCCCUGGUUUGGAUAUUCUGUUUGUUUAACCACCAAUGGUCUUACUGCUUUUCUUUGAGAACUAAAAUGUUCUCUCAACCUUUGCCUUGUAGUUAAAGCCACGACUGGUAUAUAUCUACUUCAGUUAAAUGUCAAUGAUGUCAAUUCUUAAAAGUCUUUAUACAGUGCAUAAAGGCUUUGAGGACCGUCCUAAUGCUCACUUCAUUUUGGAUUUCUGAACUGAUAUAUAUAAAAAAUAUAUAUAUGUGCGUGUAUGUGUAUGCAUAUAUUAAAAAAAAAUGGCAAAAAUAAAAAUGACACUUCAAAUGUUAAGUUUUGAACUGAAACUAAUAGUAACCAGGAAAUUUAAAAUUCAGGCUUGUUCUUUGGUGUUAGUUGACAGGAUUAUGAGCUAAAAAAAUAAGCGACUCAGAAUUUCAGUGUCAGCUCAACGUAAUCUUUUAAUUUCACCGGGUUUUGUUAGUUUAGGUAAAAAAUGGUUUAAUGUCAUUUUAAGCAUAGGUUUUAAAAAAUAAUCUUAGUUUCCUUAUUUUUAAAAGGAGAAAAAAAAGGUCUCAAAGUUGUGAAGUAAAUAUUAAUUAUAAUAAUGAUUAACACAUAUAGUGUUCUAUGGGACAUAAUCUGCUCUCAGUUGUAGCAGUGUAAAUGAAUGUAAAAAUAAUUUGAAACAGACAGAAAUGUUGACUGACGUCAUAAUGGUACAGGAUCAUGCUCUUAUGAGACACACCUAUAUCAGGUGAAAUUUAUCCUUGCAGAGAGGACCGACAAAACAGUUUAAAUUACUUACAUUACACCCCAGUAUCUUCAGUGAGAGUUCUAUGAUCCAGACACCUUUUUUUUUUUUCAAGUCUUUGCACUGGUUUGCUGCUCCAAGAGCAGAAUUUGUCCCCUUCUUCCAGAUUCCCCACAAAAGUAACUGAAGUAUUUUUAACUGAUAGAUUGGAGCAUCCUCUCUCAUUAGCUGCUGCUAAAAGCUGUUUUAGAAAGUUUCCCAAGGAACCAUGCACUUUGCAGUCCAAAAAGACAUAGAAGAUGAGGAAAGUGAGAUCUAUCAGGUAAAUGCGUAGGUAGACAUUUUUUAAAUGAGACUGUCUAAUGUUAGAUGAACUGAUGACAUUAGGUUUGUAUUUUCUGUAGUAUGGGCUUUCGCAAGGUAUUAUAUUAACAAUACUAUAAGUGUGUUAUUUAAGAGAAUAAAAAAAUAGAUUUUGCAUUAAUGGCUAGUAGUCAAUUUUCAAGCAUUAAUAAUUGAGAACUUUUGAGAAAAAGGUGUUGAAUUCCUGUCUCUAGUUGGAGACUUUUUACCAUGUUUCAGUCCAGAGCAAGAAGGUGUUUGGAUUUUUAAUUUUAUUUCUGUUGUUGUUGACUUUUUUCUGAGCUUACUUCUGUAUUCUGUUGUUUUCCUGGCUGUCCUACAGUGCUCUGCAACAUGAGUUGGUGGAACUCAGUCCAGUGUCUUGUGGGCAAAUGUUCACAACACCAAAACCACCCUUCAAUCACGCACACCAGAGAUCAGGUCCUCAGCUAAAUUAAAAUCAGCAGAGAAAACUGCUGUUAUCGUUAGAACAAAGCCACUUGACUUUGGCUUGGGAUUUGACCUCAGCGCAUUAUUAUUACUAUAAUUUUUUGGCAGCCUCAGCAGGAGAGGCCAAAGACUAAAUAUUCGCAAAAACUUGGACUUGCUCCUUACAUUUGUAGAGCCAAUGCUCAGAAGCAAGAAAAGUUGGAGGGCAAUGGAGGAGAAAUUUCUGCUGUUGCAGACCCUGUGAUUCGUGUUCAGCGGACAAAUUAAAUUCUUUGGUACCUUUCACCAGCACUGAAUUUACUGGAAGAAAUGGUAUCUCUCUGCAUAUUUAAUAUACACUAUAUCUCACAAAAAACCCCCUUCUUUUAUGAUUGUUUUGGUGACAAUUUGAAGUGCUGAUGCACUUGCAAAUGUGGCUUUCUUUAGUCACUUGAACUUUCUCAGUGUUACAAGAAAGGUCAUACUUCAGGUGUACAUAGUUAUCUAAAUCAGACCCUGAUGCCAUCAGGCAAAUUAGCUCUUAAGAAAUCUCUCUGUUGAAUGUAAGCUGAAGAUGCUGGAGACGCAUGGCCACCAUUCACAGUGGCUGUCAUUUCUAUUUGUUUCAGUCCAGAAGAAACCAGUGGGUGGUUUGCUUCUAAGUGUGUGUAAAUAUAAAUUGAGUGUAACAGUGCUUUGUUUGAUUUUUCACUGUGAAACAUAUUUUGAAGCUCUAAAGGCUAUGUUAUUAAAACCAGUACAUAAUUAAAACAAGUGUGCAGCGCUCCUUGAGCCAUCUUUUCUACCAUGUCCAUAAUGUAUUUCUUGUAUAAUUUUCUUUCUUUGCUUUUCUAAAUGUACAAAAACUUUCUGUGCUGCAGCUUUUGUGACUAUUUACUGUAUCUAACAACUGUUUGAUUAUUGACUUUUUGAUGUGGAGUGCUGGUACUACAGGACAAUUAACAUCCCAUUAUGAAAACUACAACCUGUAUUUCAAAGGACAAGGCUUGUUUCAUUGCUACAUGGUGACCCCACCUCCUUCUGCCUUCACCUACAUUUCGUAUAUCUUGAAGUCAGAGCCCAUGUAACAAAACUUAGCUGUUCUGUUGUUGCUGGUCUUACUUCAUAGAGGAAAAAUACCCAAGUUCCUCUGCCUCAUUUAUGUAUUUGUGUUUGAAAACCAGGUGUUAAAAUGGGGUGGUGGGAGAAGGGACAGAGAUGAAGGCAGGUGAGUACAGAGUCAAAUGCAAAAAAGGAGAAGUUUGGAAGUUAAAUUCAGACACUGUAUUUGAUGUCUAGCUCGUCCUUUUCAGCAGCUGUCCAUCAUUGCAACUAAAUAACUGUGUCUUGCAACUACAAGGCUAAAUAACAACCAGAAGUGGGCAGGAACUGGCUGUGCAGAUAAUUUGAAAUUACAUUUGCAAAUAUGAUUCUCCCUAGACUCUCUGCAUCGUCAAUGGCAAGUAUUGACCUUGCAGAAGGGAAUGCAGAGCAGUUCAUAGAAUCAUAGAAUCAACAGCCCGGGUUGAAAGGGACCUGGAAUGACUAUCAUCUCAUGAGCAUUUCAUGAGAAAGGGAGCCUAGAUGAGGUUAUCUACCACCCUCUCCAAUCCCAUCUUGAAAACCUCCAGUGAUGGGGACUCCACCAUGUCCCCGGGCAGGCUGUUGCCGUGAAUGACCUUUCUCACUAUAAAAUAUUUCUUUCUUAAAUAGAGAUGAAACCUCUACUGCUGCAACUUGUACCUCUUACCAGCCCCCAUCCUCUUUGUAGCCCCCCUUUCAGUACUGGAAUACAGUGAUGAGGUCCCUCCUGAGACUUCUUUUCUCCAUGAAGAAAAGACCUAAAACUCCUUCAGUCUUUUCUCAUUGAGCAGGUUGUCCAUCCCUUUGAUCAUCUUCAUGGCCCUCUUUUUGACCCUUUCCAGACUGGCUGCAUCUUUCUUGAAUUGUGGGGACCAGAACUGCACACAAACUAGUGUUAGACUUGCUCAAAACCUGACCAGUGAGAAUUUGAUUUUCUUCAGCAGUGAUAAAAGGAUUAGUUGCCAUAAUUUGCCUUAUCCAUGUCAUUUUGUAAACCCAUGACUUUUCAUAGUAUUAUAUCAAUGAUGGAUGCUUCUGCAUAGCAUAAUAGCUUCUGUGCUUGCAUAUGAAGGGCUAUACAGGAUCUUCGGUUAGCUCAAAGAUUCAUCUUUCUUUGAUAAAUAACAUGGACAAAAGAAAUCAGUAACUAAAAAUAUGCAAAGCCAGAAUGAUCAAGAACAAAACAUAUUUCACAGAAUUAGAGCUGUUGAUCUGUGAUCCUCAGAUGUUCCAGAACAGCACGGUGCUAUAAGGACACUUCAUCUGAAGAAGACUCUGUAAUUGCCAUUAUUUUCACAGCAUAUUACUCCCACUCCUGAGCUGAUCACCUCCCCUUUUAAGAUUCUGUAAGUUUUUUUGUUUGGUUGUUUUUUUUCUCACCUUCUCUUCCCACUGGAAACUUCACUCUUCAGGCAUUUAGAAACUAUUUUCUGAAUUCCAAAUUAAAAUAACGCCUGACUCAGUUAUGCUCCUUGUCACACUAAUCUUGUCUCCAGUUCCUUUCUCCCUUCCUCGAAUAUGAACACCUUUAUUUCAGACAAAGACUACAAAGAUUAUCUUUGAUCAUGCAGCUGAAAGAUAAGACUAAAAAUAGUCAUGGUAUUCAGCUGCAUUUGUUUCAGCUCUAUUCUCAGUUUGGGCAGCAAAAACAAUGCAAAGAAGCAAAUGCUGAUAUACGCAAAUCCAUUGAGAACAGCAGGAAAAUUAACUGGAAGCAGUAUACCAAACACCCUGAAAAGAAAUGUAAAAUUAAAAACUAAGAGAAAGAUUUCCAGUUUUUGAAAGUAUAUAAACAAGAUUUGAGUUUUGAGCAGCUUUCAUUUAGUCAGAUCUAAAGGGAAAUGAUCUGAAUCUUUUCCUUUUCCUGUUUCAGUUAUAAUCUUGCAAGAGAAGCGGUAUUGCUCUUUCCGGUCAAAUGGAUAGGAUACUCAUUCAGUCAACAUACUGCAGGAAAUCAACAUUCAAAUGGGCAAAAACAUACUGAUUGUGUCAGCUUGCAGGGUUUCAGUGCUCAUGUGUCACACUGCUACUAAAUCCCUACUAAAUCUGGCCUGUGAACCAUACAGAUACCAAACUUCACAUUAUCUUUCCAGCCCAGCCCUGCCAGAAAUUAGAUGUAAAAAUCUCAGAGGGUCCAGAAAAAAAAACCAAACCAAAAAUGUCCAGGGUGACUUUAGUAUAAACAGUGUCAAUAAAAGAAAUACAAAUAUCAUUCAUUUAAUUGGCUUUAUUUGCUUUGUUAUUUGAAAUUGUUUUUCAACAGUGUUUCAGAACAAUUGUUUAAGGCAAAGGUUUUCAACCUGUAGUCUAUGGACACUUCUGAGCACAAAGACACUUUCUGAAGUGUCCUUGAAAGACAAGGAAAAUAAGCAAAUUUCUUGUAUAUAGCAAUAUAUGUUUGUAAGGUUCCUGAAGGUUUUUUGUCUUUUGUAAUUAUGUGAGGCUCGCACAGAUCAAAAAAGGUAGAAAAGUACAUCUACAAACAGCUUAGGAUGAGUUACUACAAGCUGUUUUCCCAGGACAAUUUAGAUUACUGUUUUUUCAGCUUUUUGCACAUAGCAUCAUCCAGUCUUUGAUGAACCUCUCAAUGCCUCCCGUCCAACAUCCAAUUUGACAAAUAACUGUAGAAGGGAGAUAGUGAGGAAAGCAUGACCACUGUUAGUCAGCUGUAACCACAAGGAGUAUCUAUAUCGCAAUAUUACAGAAGGGCCAGGAUGUAAGAGGAGCGUAACCAGGUCUCUUUGCAACCUUUUCACAGUCUGUGAAUGAUUUGAGAAGACACAGGUAGAACAGAUACUGCAACCUGGAUGAAGCUACUGUACUUACCCCUCUGUUCUCGACAUCAACAGAAACAUUCAAGCUGUGAUUUCAUAGCUGCCAUGAAGUCCUAUGAAGCCUUCUUAUAUGACAAAACACAGGAUCCUAUUCCCAGAGGUUAUCCUCAUAGCUUCCGCAUUCAGUGGAUGUACCUAGGAGGUUCAACAAAUUAAGCUUUUCCUCCUUGGUUUGAUUAUGUGAUUUCAUGAUAUUAAGACUUUCUUCUUUGUCCCGAGAUAUUCUCAUGUGGGCAAGGAUUCCAGAGAAAUGUAGGGUGAUUAAAAUCAUCUGCUACAUGGCACUGCAGAGACAUAAAUAUGACUUCAGCAGAGCUGUUAUAGCAUGAAAGGUCUAAAGGGAAGCAAGACAGGGUACUAGGAGCAGAUAGAGCAGGAUGUAUGGGACAUCACAUGGGAUCCUGCUUGGCCUCCAGCUGCCAGACAAGAUUAUUGUCUCCUAUAGUUCUUAUGUUAUAGCAGUGAGCUCUGUGUGGAUAUCUAGGAAACUGAGAUAAACUCACUGGAUAGGAUUGUACUUCAAACUCUGAUAGCUAGACUUUCAUACCUGUGUGAAGGCAGAGUCUCUUGGACUCCUGAGUCUACAACUGUAGAAAUGUACAUAAUGCAAAGAUAGAACCAAAUAUCUGGUUUUACUUGAUUUUCUGUCUUAAAGAGUUAAAUAUCAAGGGCUAUAACGAAUAUGUGUCCCUUUCAACAUCCGGCACUUUCAGUAUUAAGUAUUCUGGCUUAUAGGCAAGAUCCUGUGUCACUAAGCAGACAGCUAUGGAGAUAUCUACAUCACAACUUUAGACAACAACAAUGAAGAUAUCUUCCUUUGAUCUAGUUUCUCCACUUUGUCUUUGUAGUCACAAGAGAGAAAUGAGCAAUUUUAGAGUGCAAGCAUCAAACAUAUUUCUAAUGUCUACUCAAGGGUGAGACAAUUCAUACUUUGCAAGUAUCUGUUUCUUUCCACCAGGAAGUCUAGCUGACCAGAUCGGAGACAGAUGUUGACACUGUGGAAGUCAACAUGUUGAUGGCUUUUCCCCUGGCAGCUUUGCCCUGUCACUGUUGUUCUGUUUCAUGCAUGCUGAGAAAUAAUGUUCUUGAAAAGCGUGGGGGUAGCUUCUGUUGGAUAUUACCAACCAUAUUUGGGGGAGGUGCAUGCCUAAUAAGGAUUUAGUAGGUCUCACCAAGAACAGUUUUCAGGAAAUCUUGUUCUUUCUGUAAGAUUAUGUCCACAUGACCAGCACUUCUGUGUCCAGAAACAAACCAUGGUAUAUAGUGCACAUGCAGUGAAAAAAAGUUGGGGUUUUAUCCUCUGCUUUUAGCACUCAGGCACAUGCAACCAGUUCAGAACUGCAUUUAAGAGUAACAUUAGGAAGAUAUGGAGUAUUCAGUAGUAGCUAAUGGUGCUCUGAUUUUAAGCUCCAUGCAUAUCUGUACUACAGAGCUACGUUCGGCUAAAUACACAUCUUACUUUGUGUAUGAAAACACACCAGCAGAGCUUGAACAAUGUUUUGAACCUUGCAGUCUUUCACCUUCUUAGGAUUAAAAUUGCAAUUUCCCAUUGGCUUUCUUUUGGGGAAUUCAUCCAUGUAAAGAAUUACUGUGUGAUACGACACUGUGUGAUAUGACACUCUUCAGUGUCUGAAAUGACUUAGGCUUCUGGAUAUGCCUUUUCCAGUGGACUUUGUGCUUGCCGAAAAGUCUCAAGAGGCCUUUGUGUACUGGCAUAAUCUGUAAAAAAAAUAUUUGGUGUGUUUGUUCUCUUUCCCUUCUUGUCAAUUUAGUGGCAAUGCAACAUGCUAUAGCUUUGAGAAUAGAAGUGCCAAGUUAUUGGAUGGAAAGUUGUAUUUUGGCUUUUGACUGUGUCAAGGUAAAAACUUACCAGCCUGUUGGGUCUAAUAGUGACCUUUUUUGGUCAAAAUUGGUUUAAUUGGUAAUGGGAUCUGGGGUUAUUCAGCUUUGUUAUGAGGUGGAAACACAGAUAUCAAUUGCUGCUUUCUAACCUUUUUGUGUUUUGAGAAAUUGUUUUUAACAUGUAUACUGCUGUAGAUGACACAAUAAAUGUAUUAUCAUUUUGUAUAA